UCAUCAAGCCCUGUUCUCCGCUGCUCUUUUCUUACAUCUCCGCGGCGUCUUUUAAUUCCAUUCCCUCGGAUGCCAUAAUUUUUCUGUGUUUUUACACUUUUCAUGGGGAUUCUGGAUAUCGAGACCAUGCGCAUUCAAACGGGACCUGUUCUGAAAAUCGUUUGUUCUUCGUUUCCAUUGCUGUUUUAGUUGGAAUAUAAAUGUUUAGCAGUGCACUGCUUGUUUUGGAGUAAAGAUGACCCGUGUGUUUUGUGCUUUUGCUGGAGUCAUGUUGGUGUUUAGGAUUCUUUUGCUGUGCAUCGUGGAGUUGCAUACGGGUUGCGAUGCGGUGCUCGCCGCCGGUCUCACCACUUUCAGGGCUUUCGCUCCACCUGCAAAAGAGGGUGUUGUGCGGACAGUCGAUCGGAUUUACCAUGGAGAUGGGAAGGUUGGUUACCUACUCUACAUGGACGGGAGAAGGUUUCAGUUAGAUAUGGAGAGGGAUGAGUCAAUUUUGUCACAUCACUUCAGUCCGAAAUAUGUGAUGGCCCUGAUGGGAGCGGGAGAAAGCGCCUCGCCUCUGCACCGGGAGUGUGUGUACCGGGGAACCGUGGACUCCAACCCCAAGUCCCUGGCGGUUUUCAGCCUCUGUGGUGGGGGUCUAGAGGGUUUUUUCGCUUUGAAACACGCACGCUACACAAUCACACCCCUCAUCCGAGCCAAGGGACACGAUAGCGACUUGCGUUUGCUGGAUGACAAGGAUGCGGAGAGCGCGCUCCACUACUUCACGCAGGAGAGCUUCAGAUUCGAAGCCAUGCCUGUGAGCGAGAGCUGUGGGACCAAGGAAGGGCGCGGGCGCAUGGAUGCAUCGAGGAAACACCGGCGUACGGGCAGAGGGAACGGGGAACGCAACACGCACGGUGUCACCCUGGACAGGGGCGAGGAGCGAAGCAGAGCGCACGGCAGAAGAUGGUGGAAGCAGUUCUCCAAACCUGUCUCUCCGCCCUCACUGGGAAGUCGGCGCAAGAGGUCAGUUUCGCGCGCCAGGCACGUGGAACUUCUGCUGGUCGCUGACGAGUCCAUGUCCAAGAAGUACGGCAAGGACCUGCACCACUACCUGCUCACGCUGGCCUCCAUCGCUUCCAAGUUGUACGGCCAUGCCAGCAUCGAGAACCCCAUCCGUCUGUCCGUUGUGAAGGUGACCAUGGUCACGGAGAAGGAGGGGUUGGAGGUGUCCAAGAACGCAGCCGCCACGCUCAAGAGCUUCUGCAAGUGGCAGAACCAGCAGAACCCACUGGACGACGACAACCAGCACCACCACGACGCCGCCAUCCUCUUCACCAGGCAGGAUCUCUGUGGGCACCACUCGUGUGACACACUGGGCAUGGCCGACGUUGGCACCAUCUGCUCACCAGAGAGAAGCUGUGCCGUCAUAGAGGACGACGGACUCCAUGCCGCCUUCACCGUGGCACACGAGAUAGGCCACUUGCUAGGCCUGUCCCACGACGACUCCAAGUUCUGCGAAGAGCGUUUCGGCGCCAGCGCGGACAAGCGUCUCAUGUCGUCCAUCCUGACCUCCAUCGACGCCUCCAAACCCUGGAGCCGCUGCACCUCAGCUACCAUCACGGACUUCUUUGACGAUGGCAACGCCGACUGUCUCCUGGACUCUCCUCGCCAGCCCAUGCUCGGCUCAGAGGAGCUGCCCGGCCAGAGCUACGAUGCCGUGCGCCAGUGCCGCCUGGCGUUUGGGCCUGAGUACACGGUCUGCCCGGGCAUGGAUGUGUGCGCCCGCCUAUGGUGUGCAGUGAUACGCCAGGGCCAGAUGGUGUGCCUGACCAAGAAGCUGCCCGCCGUGGAGGGCACGCCGUGUGGCAAGGGUCGCAUCUGCCUCCAGGGCAAGUGCGUGGACAAGACCCGCAAGAGACACUACUCGGCAUCUAACCAUGGUAGUUGGAGUUCAUGGGGUCCGUGGGGGGCAUGUUCGAGGACGUGUGGUGGAGGGGUGCAGUUCGCCCAGCGUCUAUGUAACAACCCGCCACCCCGAAACAAUGGGCGCUACUGCACCGGCAAGAGAGCCAUCUACAGGUCCUGCAGUGCCACCCCGUGCCCCUCGCCCAGUAAGAGUUUCCGCCAGGAGCAGUGUGAGGUGCGGAACGGCCCCCAGACAGACCCUAAGGGGAUGAAGACCUUUGUGGAGUGGGUACCCAAGUUCGCAGGAGUGCUCCCCAAAGAUGUGUGCAAGCUGACAUGCCGGGCUAAGGGCACAGGCUACUAUGUGGUGUUCUCGCAGAGGGUGGUGGACGGGACAGAAUGUCGACCGUACAGCAGCUCAGUGUGUGUGAAGGGCAAGUGUGUACGUACCGGCUGUGAUGGCAUCAUCGGCUCCAAGCUGCAGUUUGACAAGUGUGGCAUCUGUGGAGGGGACAGCACCGGCUGCAUCAGAGUGAUAGGCAACUUCACCAAGAUGAGUAAGGGCUACACAGACGUUGUGAAGAUCCCAGAGGGCUCCACCCACAUCAAGGUCCGCCAGCACAAGCCCAAGGAUCAGCCCCGGUACACAGCCUACCUGGCCCUGCGUCGUCCUGGUGGCGACUACCUCCUCAACGGCAAAUUCAUGAUCUCUACCUCAGAGACAGUCAUCCCCCUCAACGGCUCGGUGCUCAACUACAGUGGCUGGAGCCAGCGGGAUGAGUGGCUACACAGCAUGGGCCCUGGGGCCCUCAGAGAGGCCCUUACAGUUCAGAUUCUGGCCACGGACUCCAAGAGGCCCCUGGAUAUCCGCUACAGUUUCUUCAUGCCCCGUCGGGUUUUGGCUCCACCACCGCCACCUCCCCCGCAAACCUCCACAACCACAUCCACCACUACUACAACAACCACCUCUACAAGAUCAAGCAGCAGAACCACAUCGGCCCCGUUUUCGGCCAUGGCUCUCUCUACAGCCCCAGGGGUGUCGACGGUGGCCUCUGGGCCCCAGUGGGUGACUGGCCCCUGGAUGAUCUGCUCCAGGACUUGUGACACGGGCUGGCAGAGCCGCACGGUGCAGUGCAAGGACCCGCAGGCCAAGCUGGCCAAGGGUUGCCUUCUGGGCGACCGCCCCUCCGCCUUCAAACAAUGCCUAGUGAAAAAGUGUUGAAAGGACCAGAAACUAGACUCCCCUGAAAGUAGGGGGUACACACAGACAGAGACACUGGUUAUUGACAGUCAACCCCUCCUCUUCCUUUACCACCAACCUACUAUGCCAGGCCCUGCUUGGCAUAGCUACAGACAUACGACGGAUACAUUUGGACACUUCCGAAUAGUGCAGCCGCCCAAUCAACAACCACCCACUUGCCAAAUCCCUCCUCUAUCUGAAGGUUUUGUUUGUAUUCCUCUGUUAAUGACACAUUUUGUUUGCUUUUCUGUAUGUUCUUGCUACUGUGGGUUUUUCAUGAUUGUCCGCUUUGUCACUUUGUCUUGUGUGACUGCACACCUCUGGACAAUGGGCCUCCGUACUAGUCUGUUGCGUGGUACUUUUUCUCCACUUCCCUUCGGGGUCCCCUAUUUCUUCUUGCUCCUCCCACGGCCGAUUCUCCACAUACGAUUGGUCUAUCCAAUUUCCUGUUUGGAUUGCGGACCAGGAAGUAGGCUGGGGGCACAAGCAAGAGCAACCAAUCCGUACUGUAACCAGUUCAGAAAUGGGGUUGAACCGCACUGCAAACAUCCCAGGUCAGAAAAUGGACACACAGUGAUGGAGUGAGUUGGGGCAGAGUUGUGCCCAACAGCUAGUGCUGAGCGAUUAACCUAAAUUGUGUUUAUUAUUUUGGUUUUUAAACAACUAAUUGACAGACUUCGUUUCAAUUAUUUGAAUUCUAUUUAGUUAUGUUUUUUUCUCUGAAGUCAAUGCGUACAUUGGGCAGUUUCUCUAGAAAUAAAUCAACUGAAUCCUGAACUAUGCGAUGUAGUUGUAGGGAGUUGUAGUUUCCAACAGGCCAAUAUUCGAAAUAAUUUAGUGCAGAAAAUAUGCUAAUUAACUACAAUGAUGAUAAUCGAUUGCGUGCGUACUUGUCCGGUCUGUGUCUUUCUUUUAUGCCUGCUUCAUUAGGUUAGUACAGAAGAAUGUGCGAUCGAGAGGGAUAGAGAGCAGUUACUUUGCGAAGUAUCUCUACCUGAAAAUGCAUAAUCUAAGUGGUUGAUAGUUGGUAUUCAGCAGCAUAUUUUACUUUUAAGAACUACUAAAAUACUGAUUUUGUCAGACAUCAUAGCCAUCAUAAAAUUAAACAAAUGUAAUAAAAACAACUGAAAUAUUUUAUUAAAGUAAUGUGAAUAAAUGUUGUUACAGCAUUAAACCCACAUAAUGCAUAGUGCAUUUAAUAUAUUUGUAAAAUAUUGAUAUUUUAAUAAUCGAACCAAAACCGAACCGACCUCAAAAAGCACUAAUCGCUCAGCACUACCAACUGCCAAUGACCAGUGACACCUAUAGAGUGACCCUGGGCCAAAAGACCAUGGUGACCCUUCAACUCUGACCUUUGUGGAGGUUAAAGGUUGUAAUUUUAUGGGAUUACAUCAUGUGUGGGGCUAAGCUUGACAUUUGUGUGUGUGUGUGUGUGUGUGUGUGUGUGUGUGUGUGUGUGUGUGUGUGUGUGUGUGUGUGUGUGUGUGUGUGUGUGUGUGUGUGUGUGUGUGUGUGUGUGUGUGUGUGUGUGUGUGUGUGUGUGUGUGUGUGUGUGUGUUGUAAACAUACAAGUGUGGACAUAUAGUGUUUUUGUCAUAUUCAGUGUCCUAAACUCUUUUAAUGGACUUUAACCCUCAGUUCCAUUUGUAUCACUAUGCGGGUGCUAGAAGGUCGCUACCAUUUGCUCUCCAUGUCUGUCUGUCUGUCUGUCUGUCUGUCUGUCUGUCUGUCUGUCUGUCUGUCUGUCUGUCUGUCUGUCUGUCUGUCUGUCUGUCUAGGAAAAAAAUAAAUGAUUGCUAGUAUGACAAUGUGUGCACUGGAUACUCGCAAAUACAGCAAGAGGGAAACUAUCCCAGUCAUACCUGACCAAAUACACUUCUACAGCUCGCUCGCUCUUUCUCUCUAUCUCUCUCUCACUCGCUCACCCUCUCCAUCUCUCAUUCAACAUAUUGACACAUUCUUGUUUCUUGUUUAACAACAACCAUUUCUCACACUCAGUCUUUCACUCACUCUCACAUCCACUACCAUCCAUUCUCCGUCAUACCUCUAUCCCUCAUGAGCUUGUAAUGCUAUAUCACACACCUUUUCAAGAGUGAUGAUAGACAUGCAUUAUACUGGAUACAUAUGGGCUCUUGCCACAUAGGCACAACUCCCUGUUUCUCAUACACAGGCACAGACACACAUUCACAUAAAGAAUACACAACACCCCCACAUUACUUAAUUACACAUUUAGAUAUAAACACCAAUAUCACAUAUGUACAGAAUACAUUUUGCACACACACAUAAAUAUGGAAAGAAAAUUAAACCACACGCAUACAAACACACACACAUACUGUAUAUGUAUUACUGUUUGACACUUCCCAUGGGAAAAGACCCUUUCGUUGAACGACAGAAACACAGCACUGAACUUGUAAUUUAUUGUUUGUACAACUGGUAUGUGAAAUAAAACGUGAUGAAUUUAUUUAUUAUAAUGGCAAUGUUGUAUCAUAUUUACUAUUUAACUAAGAAUAUGACUGUGCAGAAUAAAUCAUUUUUAAGAAAAGUGUAUUUUCUAGUCAUCUACAUGAAUAUAUGUACAUUAAAUGUAUAUUUUUAAAAGCUC